AGACAUGAAGGAGAUGGGUCUAAGGCUGAUUCUCAACAUUGAUGAUUUGAUCUCUCUUCUCAUAAUUUAUUGCUUCAUAACAUAUCACGGGAUCUUUCUUCUUUUGGCUUCCAUGGCCACAAGAUGCUUUUGGUAUUGGACCAUUUUGCUCUUCUGCUCCCUGCUGCUUCCCGGCUACGCCCGAGCUUCCUCUCCAGGCCGGUGCCAAAGAGAAAGAGCUCUCCCAGACUCCACCUGGGCCGUUGCUCUCGUCUGUACCUUCUUCAUCCUUGUCUCUGUUCUCCUCGAGAAGGGUCUUCACAGAGUUGCCACGUGGUUGUGGGAGAAGCAUAAGAACUCUCUGCUUGAAGCCUUGGAAAAGAUUAAGGCCGAGCUGAUGAUUCUAGAUUCAUUUCCUUGUUACUCACCUUCGGAGAGCAGUAUAUUCUCGAGAUUUGUAUCCCUGAAAAAGGCUGCUGCUCAAUGCUACCUUACCCACCGCAGACAUCUAGCUGCUGCCACUACCUCAUCCCGCUGCGAUGAGGAUCAUGAACCACUCAUCUCUGUCACGGGUUUGCACCAGCUACACAUCCUAUUGUUCUUCAUGGCUGUCUUUCACAUUCUCUACAGUUUCAUCACCAUGAUGCUUGGCAGGCUCAAGAUCCGUGGCUGGAAAAAGGUGGGAGCAGGAGACGUUUUUCUCAUGAUUACGAACCCAUCAAGAUUCAGGCUCACUCAUGAGACGUCCUUCGUUAGACAACAUUCCAGUUUCUGGACAAAAAUCCCCUUCUUCUUUUACGCUGUGAGAAACAUGUCCUUCUUCUUUGGCAACCCCGUCGCGGGCAUUAAGUUGUUGACUAAAACUUCAUCUCCACCAUCUGAUUUACAGGGGUGCUUCCUACAGCAGUUCUUUCGAUCUGUCGGGAGAACCGACUACCUGACUCUGCGCCAUGUUUUCAUCGCUUCCACUUCUAUGGGCAUCAUUCGUGCUUUUCUUACUGCUGAAUGCUGGGAAACAAUGUUUUGGGCGUCAAUCCUGCCUAUAGUUAUCAUUUUAGCUGUCGGUACGAAGCUUCAAGCGAUCCUAACAAGAAUGGCUCUGGGGAUCACGGAUAAACACGCAGUUGUCCAAGGGAUACCUCUUGUGCACGGUUCAGAUAAAUACUUUUGGUUUAAUCGCCCUCAGUUGCUGCUUCAUCUUCUCCACUUCGCCUUAUUUCAGAAUGCUUUCCAGAUAACAUACUUCUUCUGGAUCUGGUAUUCCUUCAAGCUAAAAUCUUGCUUCCACAAGGAAUUCAAACUUGUCAUCGUAAAACUCUCUCUUGGCGUAGGAGCUUUGAUUUUGUGCAGCUACAUCACGCUUCCACUGUACGCGCUAGUUACUACUCAGAUGGGUUCACACAUGAAGAAAUCUGUGUUUGAUGAGCAAAUGGCAAAAGCGUUGAAGAAAUGGCACAUGGCUGUGAAGAAGAAGAAAGGCAAAGCGAGAACGCCACCAACAGAGACCCUUGGUGGCUCUGGCAGUGUCAGUACCUCUACUUCAGCCUUUCACGCCUCUGGAGCCACUCUACUCCGCUCCAAGACCACCGGUCACUCGACAGCCUCUUACAUGAGUAAUUAUGAAGACCAAAACAUGUCUGAUCUUGAAGCUGAGCCCAUUAUCUCCUGCACUGAUAGAGGGGCACGCUAUCGUCAGGGCUGGAGAUCAGCCCAGAGAGAUGGAACAUGCUGGAGAAGUGGAGAUAAUAGCCCUGGAAACCAACUCUCCCUGUUAGUCCCAAUGAUAGAGUUUGAUAUUCAAAAUGAAUGCACCAUCCAGAUCUUCUUUGUUUUCUAC